CUGCUUUUGGCUCUGCUCGCGUAGCUUACGCUAUGUGUCAGGUGUCUGUACAUCAGAAUUACAAUGAGGAACUAUAAAAAAAAACCAAAUCGCAGGACUGUCUCUUUAGAUAUUUAUAAAACUGCUGCCCGAAUAGUGAUUGAUGAAGGCAAAUCAGUGAGAUCUGUAGCAAGAACUUUUGAAUUAUGUCAUGUCACUUUAAACAGAUUUAUGAAAAGGCAAAAAAUGGAUCAGGAUAUGUUAUCCAAAAUUGGAUACAAACAAAACCGAUUGCAAAAUGUUGAUUCGGAGUUCAACCGCAAAGGCGUAAUAAAUAAGCCGUUGCAGAAAGAAUCGCUAAGUGUCAUCCAAGUGUUAGCCAAAUAUUAUAGAAAAUACACGGAUGAUGAGCUGAACGAAAUACGUCUGGUGUUCGAGGAAACUCCGUAUCCUACUGAAAAUAAAUUGCAAGAAUUAGCCCAGAAGAUAGGAGUGUCAAUUAACAGUAUUAAUGAGUUGUUCCGAAAUCUUAGACAAAAGAAAGAUGAGAUGAACGAACCUACGUCUUCCUUGAAGCCCGAUCAUAAGGACGAUGUGGGUUCCAAAUCCGAUCGCAAAAGUAAAAAAAAAAGACUGCUUAAGGAGGAAUUGACGAUUGAAAAUCGAAAUAAAUUAAUACGGAUAUUGAAGGAAACUCGAUAUCUUAGAUUAGAAUUAAAGGAGAAAUUAGCAGAGGAUUUUGGUGUGUCACUCUCCCAAAUUGCUAAGUGGUGCAAGUACCUUAGAGAAGUAAUAAGAAAAACUAAUGAAAACAAAAAAUUUAUUUCUUCGACGUGUGAUCGUCAAGAAGAUGUAGAUUCCAAAUCCGAUCACAAAAGCGAAAAGAAAAAACUGCUUGAAGAUAGUGGGAGGUCGAAGGUUGGCAAGUUGAAAAAGUUAAUCGGCGUAUUGAAGGAAACUCCACAUCUUAGUACGAAAAAAAUUAUAGAAUUAGCCCAGGAGAUGGGAGUGUCAUCCUCUAAAAUUACUAAGUGGCUCCAUUACAUUAGAAAAAGGAAUAAAAGUACUAAACAGGACGAACCUAUUUCUUCGUCGAUAUGUGAACGUCAAGAAAAGGAUGCUUCCGAAUCCAAUCACAAAAAAGUAAUAAAGAAGCUGCAUAAAAAAUCGCCACGCGUCAAAAGGAUAUUCACGGAUGAUCAGCGAAACGAAUUACGUCGGGUGUUUAAAGAAACUCCAUAUCCUAGUAAAAAUAAAAUAGAAGAACUAGCUCAAAAGAUGGGACUGUCAUUCGAAAGUGUUAAUACGUUAUUCCAAUAUGUUAGAGAAAGAAAUGAUAAAAUGAAGAAAUCUAUAUCUUCGUCGACAGUCAUCGUGCAAUCUUCAGAAAGAAGUGGAUUCUGAAUCUUUGAUAGUUCUGAAUUUGAUCGCAAAAGGAAAUCAAACAAAAAAAGAAGGAGAAAGCGAACAAAACAAUAAAGUCCAAAAUGAAUAAAUAUGAUGCACAGUAAAAGGAAAUUUACAAUUGAUUAGUAACAUGUUAGGGUAUUAAGCCCCGCAUGUGUCAGCGAUGCUAGAAAUCGGUCCAAGAUCUCGAAUGAAGAAAGAAUUGAUCGAUCCCAUUGAUCAUGUAACCAAAUUGUUCAAAUGUAAUUUAUUGAUUCUUUCUCUGUUCGAGAUCUUGGACCGAUUUCUAGCAUCAUGGACAUAAGGCUUUAGAAGAAACACGAUAUCCUUCUUAACUGGAAGAACUAUCCGAGAAUAAUACGAGUCAGGAUUCUGAUUUGUUCAUCAGAGAGGAAUUUGAAAAUGAGAGUAUCAAAACAUAUAAAACUCAUAUAUUCAUUCAUUCGAUGUUGCAACAUCUGAAAGUCUGGACAAGGCCUACCUCUUAUGAGGUUUACAUAACAAUGGAUUCUUUUCUUUGGAAUUAAGUUGUUAGCCUAAUAUUCAACUCCUAGCCUGGAGGAUCCAUACAUAUAUCCACUGAUAUAUGUGUAUAGGAUAUACACGAAUCCGAACGACGCUGAUGAUCAUACAUUUUUUGAUAAGUGGAGUCCUGGAGCCAAUUCUCAUUAAACGCGAAAAGUUGUGUAUGUGGAUGCAGGUAGGAUCUACAGAUCGCGAGUCAAUCGCAGUAAACAGCGAGUCACUCGAUGCCUCAAAAUUUGCACAUAGUUCUAAAACAGAAUUUAAGAUAUGAAAGAAAAAUUAUGAAAUCAUUUUUUCUUCGUCGACAUGUGCUAGAUAUGUCGAUUUUGUAACCUAUCCAGGCGAUGUUAUUGAUCCAAAAUGACAAUCUUGUUCCUAAUAGGAAAAGAUCAUAUACCGUUAGCCGGGUCAUUCAUAUCCGCAUUCACAUUUUCAGAUCAAGUAGCUGCCAAACAAGAUGUUUUAAUUUCCAGAUAGGAUAUAUAUAUAUAUAUAUAUGUGU